AUGAGUUUUAGAGGUAAUAGUAGAGGCGGCCGUGGUGGUUCUAGAGGCGGCUUUGGAGGCAGAGGUGGUUUUGGAGGCAGAGGUGGUAGAUCAUCGGUCCCACAGGGCCCACCGGACAGCGUAUUAGAAAUGGGUGCUUUCAUGCAUGAUUGUGAAGGUGACGUUGUGUGCCGUUCCAUCAAUACCAAGGUUCCGUAUUUCAAUGCACCAAUUUACUUGGAAAACAAGACGCAAGUUGGUAAGGUCGAUGAAAUUUUGGGCCCAUUAAACGAGGUAUUCUUCACUGUUAAGUGUUCUGAAGGUGUCAAGGCUUCGUCAUUCAAAGACGGUGAUAAAUUUUAUAUUUCUCCUGACAAGCUAUUACCAAUUGAAAGAUUUUUGCCAAAACCAGCAGUUGUUGGACCAAAACCUAAAAGGAAGAGAACUGGUGGUGCUCCAGGUGGCCGUGGUGGUCGUGGCGGCAGCAGAGGCGGAUUUAGUGGUAGAGGCGGUUCUAGAGGCGGAUUUAGUGGUAGAGGUGGUUCCAGAGGUGGUUUUUCUGGCCGUGGUGGCGGUUCCAGAGGUGGUUUCGGAAGCAGAGGUGGUUUUAGAGGUGGUAGCAGCAGAGGCGGCAGCAGAGGUGGUCGUGGUGGUUGGGGAUUUUGA